CAUAUCUAGAUGGCUCACAAUGUUCUGUACAAUACCGGGUUGAAAUGGCUUCGCGAUUCAAUAAUACUUAUCCUUGAAAUGAAGUAAAAUAGUGGCCUCUGUGCUCAGUCUCUCAGUCUCCCAGUCUCUCAUACAAAAAGUUGACUCCGCUGUGGGCCAACUUCUCUUUCUCCGCCAACGUCACUCAACCCGUCAAAUCCAGGAUCCAGAGGACAAAGACAUUUAGCAGAAGUAAUAGUCGAGAUCUAACUUCAGUUUUCGAUCUCUCUAUUUCUCUAUUUCCCUCUCUCCCAAUGGCCGACCUGUCAAAGGCCGUGUCGCGCCUCAGCCAGCUCCUCCCCCUCGAUGACGACUCACUCACCCAGAUCCUCACCUACGCCGCGUCGCUCUCCAAGGAAGCCAGCGCCGAACACCUGAAGAACCUGCUCGGCGAUUCUCCUGCCGCCCUUGAAUUCAUCUCUUCGUUCAACGCGACACGCAACGCACCGUCGACAAAAGGCAGCGGCUCCAAGACCUCAAGGCCGAAGCCUCCGUUGCACAGUGCGGGCCCGCCGCGCAGACCGGACAACUACGGGAAUACAGCGGGGGCAUACAGGAAGAGCGAUCGGGAGGAGAAAGGAUCUGGAUCUAUAUCUGGGUCUGGGUCUGGGUCUGGGUCUGGGUCUGGGUCUGGGUCUGGGUCUGGGUCUGGGUCUGGGUCUGGGUUAUUAUGGGAUGAUGAUGCGCCUGCUCCUGUUAAACCCACCGCGCCCACGCCCACGCCCAAGGCACCCCCCUCGGCUAAUGGGCCGAUGAUUUCAGAUUUCUUGCCCAACGUGCGAUCCAAGACGGCUAAACCGUCAUCUAGAUCUGGAGGGGGAGGAGGGAGAGGAGGAUCGGGAUCGGGAUCUGGCUCGUCGACACCAUCGAAAGGAACCACGCUGACAACCAGCAAUAUUGCGGAUUUGACGGCCGCGAUCGCCGCGUUGGAAGUGUCGACGAACCCGACGUUGAACCAGAAGGGGAUUCGGAAAAAAUGCACCUGCUACGCUUCGCUCCAUCCGGUAUUCACGCCGGCACCUAAUUGUUUGAACUGCGGCAAGAUCAUCUGCGCGCUGGAAGGCCUGCAACCGUGUUCGUUCUGCGGCACGCCGCUCAUCUCCAACGAGGAAGUGCAGAGCAUAAUCCGGGAGCUGCGCGCAGAACGAGGCCAGGAGAAGAUGCGAGCUCACAAUGAGAGCGUUCACCACCACGGCGGGCCGGGCGGUACUGCUAGUAUCAAUACCGCUCCUGCCAAUGCGAAACUGAACGCGGCACGCGCUCACCGCGACAAGCUACUUCAGUUCCAGGCGCAAAAUGCCCAGCGCACCAAGGUUGUCGACGAGGCGGCGGAUUUCGAGACCCCCAAUAUAGCCGCGACGCUGUGGAUGAGCCCGGCGCAGCGCGCCCUAGCACUCAAGAAGCAGCAGCAGGUUCUACGCGAGAUGGAGGAAAAAUCCCGGCCGGAAUGGGAGCGCAAGCAGACUUUUAUGAGCCUGGACAUCUCCGGCGGGCGCGUCAAACGUGUGUACCACAACACUACCGAGAAAAAACCUAUAGAGAGUCGUCCAGCAGCAGCAGCGGAAGAAGAAGAAGAAGAAGAAGAAGAAGACAUCGCCAGUGCGGCCACCGAUCUGAACCAGACCUCGCAGGACCGAACCCACGAGGCGUUCAGUAACAACCCCCUCCUGGCCGCCGGGGGCCUCCUGCGGCCGAUCUGGCGCGCGCCCGACGGGCAGCAGCCUGCUGGGGGGGGGAGGGAGAAGAAAGCGAGCUGGCGACGGGUACAGGAUGACGAGACUGCGAACGAGCAGUGUUUAGGGGGGGCAGAUAAAUAGCUAUAAAUAUAUAAUACAAUGAUGGUUAAUCGCCAAGUGGUAAUUAUUAUUUUACUAUCCUGAGGGUGCAUCAAGUACUCCCCCAGGGAUAGAAGACACGACUUCAAACUCAAGUCAGUCGUUACCUCUAUUCUAACAGCAUCAGUUCCACCUGGGCAGUCUGUAAAGCCAUUUCACAGACGAGGCGAGGACAAUGUCCCUCCGGUCCCCC